UCCUUCAAUCAUAUGCCUGCUCUCUCUCUCUCUCUCUCUCUCUAACCCUAAGAGUUAUUGAAAAUCUUUUGGCCUUUUCCUUCGGGAAUUGUCCCGAUUCGUCGAUUGAUUGUUGCCCCUGGCAAUCUGCACCUUUUCACCAGUUUCUUCAGUGAUUUGCGUUUGCGCCGCAACGACCAUGGUUUCGGAGGCGACGACUUCGUCCGGCGACAAUACCAACGGGGCAGUGGAGGCAUCCCUAUCAGCAGGAAGGUCGUCUCCUUGCAAAAAGAAUCAGGGUAAAGUACCCAAAAGAAUUCACAAAGCUGAGCGGGAGAAACAAAAGCGUGAGCAUUUGAAUGAGCUUUUCCAAGAUUUGGCAAGCGCACUUGAAUUGAAUCAGCAGAACAAUGGCAAGGCCUCUAUACUAUGCGAAGCUGCUCGCCUGUUGAAAGAAAUAUAUGGCCAGAUUGACGGGCUUAAAAAGGACAACGUUUCUCUCUUGUCUGAGUCUCGCUAUGUGACUGUCGAGAAAAAUGAGCUGAAAGAGGAGAAUUCUGCCUUAGAAGCCCAAAUAGAGAAAUUGCAGAGCGAGCUAAGAGCCCGGGUAGCCGAGUCUAAGCCUGAUCUGAAUGCACCUCCUCCUGAAUGUACCCAACCUGCAGUGACGGCAAAUUAUCCCGGAGAUGCUACAGGGUUGGCUACGGCAGAACCCCCAUUGCAGCAAACGCAUGCCGUGAUCAUCGUCCCCCUUCAACCCGAUCUCUCGUCGUAUCCCGUGCAUGCCCCGCACGUGAGUAAACCGCACCCGAGAUACCCCACGCCCGCAGAUUCGUGGCCGUCGCAGCUCCUCGGCGACCAAACCGCUGGGAGGAACGAGCUCCCACUUUGCGGUGGCAAUAACGGUAGCAGCAAUAGGGAAAAUGUCCCUGAUAAUGGCGUGUAAAAACUCAGUUUUUAGACUCUUUGAGAAUCUGUACCUUUGUAUUCUUGAAUUUGCUCCUUUAGCUUUCUCCCUUUAGCAUCUUGGAUCGGCAGUCUGUACAUGGAUGAUGGAUAAGGGUAAAUCUCUCCUAACUUUUGAGUC